AUGAACAAUGUCUUCAAUACUGAAGACGUCGUGGACUUGUUGCAGCGGUUGCAGAGGAAGAUUGGUCACGGUGGACAUGCAGGCCUGCAAGGAAUUUCUUAUGCGAUUAAAAACCUCCGAGAAGGCCCGUUUACUAGAAAUCCCGACGAUAUUCACAAAGCCAACGAAGCAAUUAAGGGAGAACUCACUACCCUCCAAAAUGAGUUGCAAGGCGCCAAGCCAGGCAGUGAUGUCAUAAAGUCACUAGACGAUUUAAAGGACACUGGGCUAAGUGGAAAGGACAAAUGGAAUGGUGAUAAAAAAGGCCUCUCAAAAAUUGAUACUGAACUUCAAGGUCAACAAAAUACGUUGUCCUCUCAGCCCGGUGUAAUUGAGGGAGGCGUCCAAGACAUCAUCAGUGAGCUUACAAAGCUCCAGAAGCAGUUGAGUGAACAGGUCACCGAUAAGCUGCAGAAGCUGAGAGAGCAUGGCCUUAAUAACGGCGGAAACAACUGGACGGAGGACAAAACAAAUGUAAAUGGUAUUCAAAAAAUCACCGAAGACAUCGAGACCAUAAAAACCAGGGACGUCGAUAACGUCAAGCAUCAUCUCAUCGCCCUGUGCAGUGCUGUCAGGCAUAACGCAAGAGAUCUCAGAGACAUUUUAAAGGAUGUCAAAGAAAAUUUGGUCGGCGAGUUGACAAAAAUAAAAGACAAAUUUAGUGAUCUGCUGAGCGAGCAGGUGAGGCCUGUGAUAGCAGAGGUGAGAGGCUUCGUAAAAUUCCUCGACAACGGCAAGGCGCAACUCAUCAGAGAACUCCACGCAUUCGUCAACAAGGAGGUCAAGGAAGCCGAAGAGACGCUGAUCAACGAGGCACGCCGGCAGUAUGUCUCCAACAUCAAGAAGCAUUUGAAGUUGUUCGCCCGGAAGGUGGAGGAAGAAUUAAGUCCCUUGCCUCCGUUAAUAAACGGGGAUCUGCAGAUAGGGUACAAAGGGUUCAUGUAUAAUAUGGAAGGCGAAAAAGGCGUGAACAUUAAUAGGCUCAAAGACGUGAAAAGCAGAGAGCUUCAAGCAUUGUCCUCCGCGUUCCAGAAUUUCUUCGCGCCGCUAGACGAGCAUCUCCGUGAGGAGAUUGAGAGGGUAAAGAAGCAGAGUGACGACGAGAAAAAUCCCUCACUCCCCAAGUCAGAAGAGCCCUACGCCGCCGAGUGGGACGCCGUGCACAGCGAUCUUAACAGCCUGCUCAAUUAUCUUUGCGAGACACAGAGCUUCGACCACAGACUCCAAGCGCUGCUCCGCAAACUCACCGAAGCGCUGAGUCACCUGCGACCUGAGAGCUUCGCCAAGCCCUCUACCCCCGUGCUGGACGGCCUGGUGGAGGGGCUCACAAAGUUCGCCGCCGAGUUCACAUGUGCGUACGUCUCCGCCUACGCCGGGCAGACGUUCACCGAUGAAGAAGGUGAGAAGUGCGCCAAGGUCUUCCUCACCACGCUGCCCACACUCUGCGACGCCUUCACCAGGCUGGCGGAGCAGUGCGGCAAAGGCGGCAAGUGGAGGGACUUGCAUAUUAAUUCAAGCAGUCAACUCGGCACAUUCCUCCAACGCUGCGGCUACAAGGUCGCCACCUCUCCCUUUGACCAGGACGGCGAGCUGCGGAACGACUGCAACGGCCGCGACGUGUAUGUCCUCGUCACCCAGAACAUUAAGGAGGCAGAGGACAACGCACACCUCAAAAAAUGCCUCUCCCUCACACACGACUGUAAUCUUUUAGGUAUCCUUAAAUGCCUCUGCACGCACCUCACUGAGUACUACAGGACGUGCCACCUCAAGGUGCAUCCCUCACCCCGGCCGCCGUGCAGUGUCUACGAGAUGCUUCAAUGGUGCUGCGGGCUUACGUACAAUCCCGUGCAUCUCACCGUCACCCAUGAUGCCCUGCCAUCGCUGUUCGAGGCGCCGGAUAAGCAGGGCUCUGCUGACUCCGAAGUGUCCCUCACUGACCUCGGCAGCCUGGCGCUUAAGGCCCACCCGCGGGUCAUAACACCGGCGUCCCUCACCGACGCACUCACGGAGGUCUGCCACACGUCGCAUUCAGUGCUCACCACGUUACUCGGCCACGGCCACGCAGGUGGCAUAUACGCCUGCGACUUCAACACCAACCCGGCAGGCCUGCUCUAUCCCUGUGACGCCGACGCUUUGCUCUGCCUGCUCUUCGACGUCCUCAGACGCCUCCACCAACAGCUGUAUCUCCUCUACCGCCGGUGCCUCUACAACGCCCGGCACGGCGGAUGGCUCGACUGCUGGUACGGCCGGGGCGUCGGAGGCUCAUCGUGGCGGUGCAACACCAUGCAGUGUGCCAACCAAAUAUGUGACCAACAGUGCAACCAAACACACAACCAAACUGGUAACCAAACACACAACCAAAUAUGUAACCAAAGCUGUGACCAACAUCCCAAGUGCGGCGUCAAGUCGCCGCUCCAGUCGUUCCUGGAAGACGGCCUGGUGGGCUUCCUGCCGCAUGACCUGUCGGCAGACGGCACCUGUGUCAAGUGCUCCGGCUGCGACACUAAGUCACCCGGCCUGCCGUGCAAGACGCCCAUGGGCCUCUCCAACAUUACCAGGCUGGCCUCCCGUGCCUCCACAGGCCGACACAUCAUGGACGUUCUCGGCGCCUUCUGCGGCGGCGCAUCGUCGCCCCUCACCAGGCUGUGCGACUUCCUGAAUUGCCUCCUCACCCGCCCGCCGCGGACGCCAGACGAACUCUUCGCCUUUUACUACCAGUUCAUAUGUGAGUGGCAUAAUUACGGCGAGCACCGUAAGGCGGCCUUCGAUGACGCCGUCGGCGACGCGUGCUUCCGGCAGCGGGGCGUCACACUGGACGUCAGUACAAUCUUCCGCACCAAGGACCAUGGCAAUGCUACAAAUAUGCCUCACCUCACCGGGGACCUCUUCUCCCUCGUCAAGUGCAACGGCAACCAACGCUCCGCUCCGUCACACCCCUGCGGUCCCUACCUCAAGCCGCUCGGCCACGACGUCCGCGCCACCUUCUCCAAGGCACACGCCCACCUCUACCUCUCGUGGAUAGUCUACCUCACGGAGACUUUCUACGACCUGCUCUGUUCACUACUCCGAGACUGCGAGCGCAACUGCGCCGACGCCACGUCCAACUGCCACGCCAGGAGCUGCGCCAACGACUGCACAGCCAAGCGACGGCCACUGGCCCCGAACUCCACUCACACUGCCCACUGCCCCUCCAUCGUGGACUGCGACUCCACCACGCCCACACUCUUCCGGUACGGCUUCGUGCACAGGGACGUCCACAGCCUCGCCGGAUCCACCAGCGGCCACCAGUCCAAGCGGACCUGCGACGAUUUCUGCAUGGCCCUCCAAGUCGCUGUCAAGCAGAUGAACCCUCUCCACAAGCUGGCGCAUGAGACAAUCCCCGAGUACCUCUAUCGCAUCCGCAUGCCCUUCCUCUACACCCUCGUCACACUCUGGCUCAUCGCCACGCUCUACAUCGCCCACUCACUACUCUACCGCAUGGACGUCCUGCGCCUCCGCUCGCACCUCCUCACCACCAGGGCCUCCCACCUCAUCGACGUCAAGGCGCUGCUCGCUGGCAGCCGCAGGAUGCUCUCACUCUACAAAGACGUCGACUACUUCGACGAUGACCUUCACUCAUGA